AUGAGCAUAAGACUGUUUCCAGCCUGCGGGAAGGAUAAGUGCUCGUCGCCACGCGAGUGCAUCCCACGCAUCGCCAAGAACUACCACUUCGUCGUAGUGUCAUUGAAGUCCGACUGCUUCCAGAGUCCCUACGAACUCAUAUACGACGCGUUCAAAUACAACCUGAUUCCCGUCGUGUUGGCGCCACCCAACGCAACUCUUCAGGUUCCUGAGAAGUCGGUAGUAAGCACGUCGCACCUGCACAAGCCGGGCGAGCUUGCAACGCAUCUGCGACAACUCUUGAACGACCGUGCCUCUUACGAGAGCUACUUUGCCUGGAAGCAGAACUGCUCCUUGACUCGUUCCGAGGACGAACUGUGUCCUCUAUGCCAUGCGCUAUGGGAAACACCCGCGCACUACCAACAUCGUCAUCCCGAUGUUCAAGAAUGGUGGACUAAGAGCUUGAAGUGUGUAAACGAGUCCUUGUACGGCCUUGACAAGGGGUUUGUGCCUCAGCUCUGA